UACCCCCUCCUCCACCUCUCCCUGUUUCCACCCGACCUCCUCCUCCACUUCCCAGUGAUCUCCCAACUUUAUCUCUACCCCCUCCACCACCUCUCCCUGUCUCCACCCGACCUCCUCCUCCUCCCUACUCCUAUGCUGUCAGGCAGACCUCAUAUUGUGCUCUGGCUUCCACAGUACUAUCCAGCUUUGAUCCUCCGCCAACCUUCCCACCACCUCUCCCAUCACUCAAAUUAUCUGACAUGCCUGACUUACCUCCUCCACCACCUCCACCUCCUCCACCUCCUCUCCCUGCUCUCCCAGAAUCAUCCUCUUCCAUUCUCCCAAUGACUCCAGGCAUAUCACUGAGGCCCUAUUCUCUACUGAUCACUGCCCAAGCAUUGCAGCAUGUCAAGCUUCGCUCAGUCAAGAACCAGGAAGUACUGCAAGACAAACAAGACCCCGCUGACAUCCAAAUGCACACCGAAGUUAGCGUGUCCAUAACUAACAGCAACCAAAGGGAAGAGACUCCGCUGGACUGUGAUGUAUUGAAUGAGGUGUUUCUUGACAGCCUGGCUAACAUUGAUACAAGGAUGUCAGUACCAGGAGCAAAACAUGCUGUCUGUAAUGUUGCCAGCAAUGAGGCAAGUCCAUUAAUAGCUAACAGCAGUACACAAGUCAGUACUGAAGUGAAACAGCCAGAACAUCAUUGCAAAGACCCAAUAACAAGUGAGAGUGGCAAUGUCAUUACAGAAUCAGGUGAACCUAAGCUUCAAAGACUGCAAAACAGCUUGGCUAACCAGAAAGACGAUGGCAUUAAACGUAACAAAGAAGUGACACAAAAUACCCAAUCCAAUGGGCAGAGUAAAGAUUUUGACAUGCAUCCUCCUCUGGCAAAUGUCAACGUCUCCAGUCCUGAGAGCCCAUGGGUAAAAAUGUGUCCAGAUGAUGACAAGACAUAUCAAAUUAACAUUAGUAGCCCGGCUCUCCCAUCAGAACAGCAUUCUUUAGAAGACGACUUUGCCGAGCAUAUGGAGAGAUUGAGAGAAAACGAGAACAAGAUAAAUGAAUAUGAUAGAAAUGAACAAAAUAAAUCUGAUGUAAUGAAUCAGACUGAUGUGAUAAAGAAUAAGAGAGAUGUUCAGUUAAGUAGCCCAAGGAAGCUCUGCUCCCCAGAGAAACCUGUUCCACCUAAGAAGCCUGAUCUUGGCAUACUGGGUCUCACAAGCUCCCCAAAAACCAGAGGGGGACCAGGACGGCCAAAGAGCCCUAGGGAAAUCACAGAGUCUCCACCUAUACUUAACACUUCAGAUUCCUUUAACUCACAGUUGUUUACAUGUUCAACUAGCAACAUGCCACCGCCAAAGCACUUGACAAACGGCUCUGACCAAACAGAAACACCCGGAUGCUCCAACUCACCUGCCAGUUCCCUUCAACAGCUGAAGCCACAGUUUUUACACAAGAAGCCUGAUCUUUUGUUGACCACUCCCAAAGUGGCAGAAUCUGUUUUUGCAUCUGAAAACACUGGAUCUAUAGCGACUGCAGCGACCAGCGAUCGUUUUAAAACCCAGACCCCAAUGGAAACCAGAAAUACCUUAGAAGCUAUGGGAAAGUUGAGGUCUGGUAAUACUUUCAACAAUGCCUGCAAGUCUCAACUGAUCAGUAUCUAUGACACCAAUUGCUCUUCGGGGUUAAUGGGGAUGGGUCCCUCAGGAAUCCAUGAAAUAACUCCUACCUGGACAGAAGGAAUCCAAACUGGGGUUCCUGGUCCCUGUUUUGGUCUGAUCAUUGGGAAUAAGCAACAGGAUGAUGAGAUAACCAAUCAUAGGAGGAUUAUGAAGUCUUCGCUUGCUGAAGAGGAAGAAACUGACGAGCAGGACAGAGAGGAAGACAAGGGGAGGAAGAAAACAGUCAUGAUGGUGAUGACUUCUUCCAACAAAAAGGGGAAAUUAAGGAGGAAGAGGAGGAAGAGGCGUCUGGGCAGACAGUUGUUGAUGAUGUCACCAAAAACAGAGCCCGCUCCCUCAUCAUCAUCAUCUUCAUCAUCCUCAUCCUCUUCUUCAUCAUCUUCAUCAUCUUCAUCAUCAGAAGAUGAAAAAGAUGUGACAAAGGAAAACGGCAUCAGGCGGAUGAAAAUCAAAGAGUCCAAUCAAGAGACAAGCGACUCUGAAAGCUCCUACACUCUGAUUGGUCAGAGCAGGUUUUCACUCAGCAGCUUGCUAUCAACAGAGAGCCUGCGGGGGGAGCUGUCACUGCCAGACCUCCUGAUAAAGGAACCAGAUGAAGAGGAGGAGGAACCAGGAAAGGAAGGGCACCGGCAGACGGGUGAUGAGGUCAAGGAGACGAGCGGAUCUUCAGAUGACGAUGUGUUUGUCAACGUUUCGGCGGAUCAGAUGUUGGUCUCUGGCCGGCCCCGAACCACAGAGGAUCUGUUCACCAUCAUCCACAGUGCAGUCUGGGAAGGCACAGCCUGAACACGUUGGUAACCAGGUCGCAGAUCAAAGCGUAAAAUGCUUGGACGAAGAGACUUGGGAGAAGAGACGCAGUGUGUCCCCUCCUCCUCCUCAUCCUCCUCAUCCACCUCUUCCCCCCCGGAGACGCCCACUGAUGCCCCGUCCUGCCUGACCCGAGCAGCAGGCUGCAGGAAUCCCCGGUCGGCCAGAAGCGAGAGCUUCAAGGCUCUCCUGCUGAGGAAGGGCAGCCGAGUCACGUCAUCCUCCAGAAUCUCGGCGGUGGAGCGUCUUUGUGUCGGUCAGCUUCCGCCUCCUGGCGCUGACCGCCAGAAGACGCCUCCUGACCAGCUCACAGCUGGAAGCUCCUCCCCUGCAGCGGGCGAGCCCAGCCCCCUGCUGACCAUGAACCUCCCUCCUCUGUCUCCCUGCACGCUCUCCGUGACCUUCGGUUGGAGGCGCCGGGAUCCGAAGUACAGCCAGCUCCUUCUCACGCCCUCCUCUUCCUCGCCCUUCCUGCUCCUCUCCUCCUCCCACCUGCGGCACCGGUCCCUCGCUCCUCCCUGCUCCAGCAGCCGGCGGUUGGCCGCCCGCUGCCGCCUCUUUGCCGCCCCCAUGACGGCCAUCUUGGAGGCGGAGGACGAGGAGGAAGCUGGGGAGGUUUUCCUUGAGUCCAAUCUGGUGCCGGCCUUCUUAACGGAGACGUUUCCAGAAAAAACUGUCUGAAAUGUGCCGAUCUGCCACAGAAAUCUGGACCCGACUUAAUAUCUCCAGAACCCAAGCUCAUUGUGCGCUUUUAUUUUGUUACCCUCGUUUAGGUUGUUGACUGUUUUUGCACUUUACUGUUAAUGUUUUUGUAACCAAACUCUGGAGGAUAUUGUAACUUUAACUGAAAACUGACUGGUGUCCAUCUCAUAAAGUAUUUGUUUUCCUUGAAAUUAUGUAAUUAUUAUCAAAGUAGGACUAAUAACCGAGUUAUAAACGAAAGCUUUCCAUUAAAGUCGUGUCUAGCUGCAUAUAACGAGUGUU